CAGACGUGUAUGAAAAUGAUUGGAAAACUUGUAACACUAUUACUAAAUAUUGUAUUUCUACAAUAUAUGAUGGUGGAGCCCUUCCCUCUGUUUAUUCUGCAAUCAUUGACAUAUCAGGGUAUGUUGCUGCUGUGUGUCAGUUCUGUAGUUACUUAUUGUUUUAAAGAAUCUAGAUUUGAAGCAAUUCUACGCAGUGUAAGCUAUUCCAUGGCUGUAUUCAUAUCUAUCAUUUCCUGGAUACUUCUUAUACCAGUGGAUGAAGAUGGUUUGUGGACGAUUAAAAAUCAUUUCUUUCACACCUUAAACACAAUAUACUGCAUUGUUUGCAUCUACGCUACUCCUCAACAAUGGAGGAAAAGGGAUUGGAAAUACCCACUUCUGUAUGGAAUACUUUAUGUCUUGUACAAUAUUUUACAACAAAAUAAAGGUCAUUCGGCAAUAUACCCUUUUCUAGACUUUGUAAAUAAUUACUAUCUAGCUUGGUUAAUAGUGGGCCUUUCAGCAGUAUUAAUACCAUCAUGUCAUCUAGGCCUUUGCUCUUCAAACAGUAAACUCUGGAGAAACUAGUUUAAAGGAGAUAUUGUAAGAAAAAUAUGUAAAUGAAAUAUGUAAUAAAAACAGAUGAACUGUA